ACAGUUUCCACGACUCCGAAUUCCCCCACUCUACUUCCUACGGUUGUAAAAGAAAGAUUCAACGAAUAAUUCCCCCCCGCCCAGAAUUAUACCAAAAUCCUUAUAAACUGCCUUCUUUAUUUUACACCCGAGAAAAUCAAUUCCCAUCUCUAUAUUCUCUACUAAAGUCUUAAACUUUCCUGAGAAAACAUUUUCCGAGUCCCAAGCAAAAAUGGCGAAUCCCAAAUCCGACGAAAUGGGCGGUUCCAUUUCCUUCACCGAUUUCCCAGAGGACGUUCAGCUCUGCAUCCUGUCGUUCCUCUCGCCCUCCGAAGUCUCCACCUUCGCUUGCACAUCGAAACGCUUCGUUUCGCUGUGCCGAAACGACGCCAAGCUUUGGUUCACCAUGUGCCAUAGAAGGUGGGGCUCCAAGACCCAGAUUCGAAAAUGGGGAAACGGCAAGAUCGCCUUCAGGCUUCUCUACAAAACGCUUAACGAGUGGGAAAAUCUCAUCGGUUUUUGGCGCCGAAGCGGUCGUGGAAAUAUCGGAAUCUCAUCGCCGCCGUUGGUUUUCUUCGAGUGGGGCCCAUCGUUUCUAACCGGUUCGAGAAUUUCCCCUUCGAAAAACGGUACCUACAGUGUUUUGAAGUCACCGUUUUUGUGGAUGACACUGUCGCAGGAGGGUCAGACCGUGAAUUUCCUCGACCCGGACGGUCGGGCCGAGGUGUUGGAUUGUGUCGGGGAAUUGGAUUUCUCGGAUAACGAUUUGGUUCCGGUGAAUUUGAGCUUUAUGGGGAAGACCCAUUUCGUUGUCGAAGAAAACAUGAACUUUUUCGCGUUUUCGAGUUCGAACUUUCGGAGGAGUUCGAGCUCUUCGAAUAUGAGAUGUGACGAUGAAACAGAGGAUUCGAUUGGAGGAGAUAGUGGGUCCUUCUCGCCGAGUCACUCACCUGGGAGCUUACCGGACCGGUUAAUGUCGGAGAUGUAUCAGCAUUUUGCGAACCGGACGAGUCCAGGUAGUGGGGAUAAGAGGAGGCAGAGGAGGAAAGAGAAGGAGAGACAAGGGAAGAGGAAAUGGGAGGCUGAGCAUUUCGUCAAGAUCGUUAAUUGCUCGCCCACGCUGACUCGCCCUUUGCAGGGCCUCUGGAAGGGAAUUUAUGAUGACAUGAGCUUGAAUUUCUAUCUUGUGGUAUAUGAAGACAAUGGGGGCAUCAUAUGCCGGAGGGUUGGAGACUCUUCUGAACGUCUCUCUAGUUAUGGUCUAGUAUUUUGGACAUCAAAUGCUAAAUUCAUAGAGUCUCCACUUUCCCCGGAGGAAAAAUAUUUGUAUGAUUCUCGCAUGCAUGUUCGACCACUUGCAGCAGAAAAUUACAUUCAUGAGGAACUCCUUUCAGAAGAAACUGAGAUGGUCUCUCGCAUUCUUAACAUAAACUCAAGUUAUGAUUUAGUUAUUCCAGACUUGGCUGGAAGUACUACGAAUCCCCGGAACGUGGAGGGAAGGAUUUGGCAGUACAUUAGUGGUACCUUUGGGUUUGGGUUUCUUCGGGACAAUUUUAUCAUAGACCUGAAGCAUGUUUCCCAGAAUGGUUGUGUUCUUGAUACAAAGGAGCUCUGUAGUGAUUAAUUUCCUGUUUGGAAUCAUUCUUGUACAUAAGUUGCGUAGCUUAUGCACUUUGUGCUCUUUGUAUCAUGUCCUGUUCUGAUUUUAUUGGAUGUCCCUGAAGGGACAGUGUACUAUAUCUGUUUGUAAAAUUAAAUUAAAUAAUAAUAUCAAUU